CGCCACAUGAUCCUCCAUUUUUGUUUACCCUCUACCGAAGGAAACAGGAGUUGGUAACUGAACAACACAUAUCUGUGAUGGCGUUGCGUUUUUGUUCGAUUUUUGUGUUAUUUUAGAUAGAUUAUUUAUUUGUUAUUUAUGACCAAUCCGUGUUGUGGAGCCAGCUUUCAUUUUCCAAGGGCAUUGAAGGAUCUGAGACGACAGUGUUUCCUCGCAAGUGUAAUCCAAUGAGACAAGACCUUGAUAAUACAGCACGGGAGGGUUGUUUACAUCCUUUGACCACUGGAUCAGGUGAGCAGUCGUCACAUAAUUCUCUGCCAUCUGGAGUUGAUUCUGGUCUGCAGUCAAAUUUCAGUGUCAGUCACUGUCUUUGCACCAAAGGGUUGAAACUGUCCCGGUAACAAUGGGAAACAGCAGUUCAGCGAAAGGACGACAUGGGUCAGGGGAUGACACCGCCCCUACUUUGACUGCGUCGUCGAGGUACGCUGAAGCGGAUGUGUAUGAGCCUGCUGGCAACUUUCGGAGGGCUCGUGCAAGUACAAUCACCCCUGGUCAAGAACCCACUCAAACCCCCACUAACAGACUUCUGCCGACCGUGUUCAAGUGGGAAGGAGGUGGAAAGGAAGUAUAUGUUGCUGGAAGUUUCAAUAACUGGAAAACAAAGAUUCCCUUAGCUAAAAGCCAUGGCGACUUCUACACCAUUCUUGAUCUGCCUGAGGGAGAUCAUCAAUACAAGUUUUUUGUUGAUGGGCAAUGGGUGAACUCUUUAAGCGAUCCUGUGACCAACAGUGAUAUUGGAACCCAGAACAAUACCAUGAAGGUCAAGAAAGAGGACUUUGAUGCUUUCGAAGCCCUGGCCAUCGAUGGGAGAACAGCAGGCAAAAAGAAUACAGGAGGCACCUCUGACUAUGGACAAGACAUUCCACCUAGACACACUGAGGGCAAGCACAGCGGCCCUCCAUUUCUGCCACCACAGUUGUUGCAAGUCAUCCUUAACAAAGACACACCUGCACACGUUGAACCAUCUUUGUUGCCAGAACCAAAUCAUGUCAUGUUGAAUCACCUCUAUGCUCUGUCAAUCAAGGAUGGCGUGAUGGUGCUGAGUGCGACCCACAGGUUCAGGAAAAAGUAUGUGACCACCCUGCUGUAUAAGCCCCUACAAUAGUAGCUCGUGUCUGUCCUAGUCAUUUUGUUGGUCUCUGACAAAACUGUUAUUGGAAUCUGAUAUGGCACCAAUGGAGGAUCUCACCCCCCCUGCCCUCAUGUGAUGAAAAGGAUGGUGAUAGAAAAGCUUGAUCUCUGUCGGGAAGCUUUUUGUUUUCAUCCAGAUUUUGUUUUGGUGGGUUUUUUUUCCAGCAUUUUUGUGUUAACACAUUACACCCUAAGGGCCUGGACGGGAAGUCCAUUCCUAGAUCCUAAGCAAGGGGAAAGAACCCACCUCCCGUGAAUACAGGCCUUUAAAAAACACAUUUUAAAAA